AUGGGGAUAAUGACCUCAAUCAUCACUCAGGGUAACGGCUUCAUCGCGUACGACUGUGGAGCUCCUGCAGCUAACAUGACAACCCUUUCGUUGGUAGAUAUUCAAAAAUGCGAUAUUCCAAUCACCAAACCGCAAACGACAAAGACAAAAAUACAACUAAUACAAACAGUAGAACAUUCACACAUUAGAGUCAUACAAUGUAAAGUAGAAAUACAAAGAUCUAUAUAUUACUGUGGACGCUCGAGUCAUAUCUCGACGGUAAGCAAUGGCCACAUGCAGUAUAUAGAAGAGACAUCUAGAGCAUUUUGCGAGGAUAUACACAGAACAAGCACACACCAUAUGUACAAUACGGUAAUCACAGAUAUCCCCGCUAAUAGUACAGUCACUAGAGCAAUUACGCUAACAGGUAGCGCAGACAACAAGGGAAACUGCGAAGUAGGACAGUUUUCUGAUCACUACGGAACGUGGAAAAACGUAGUCGUUCAAGGUCAGGUGUUUAUAACAGUACAAGACUAUUUAGCUCCAGUAAAUUUCAUGAAAAACGAGAUAACCCUUCGGUCGGGUAUCAGAUGCGCAUAUAGUACAGAAAACUGUAUGGAUAUCGAGGGAGGAAAUACAUAUUGGGAGAUAAUAAAAAGAGACGCAUGUGAGCUCGAUCGAUUUAGAGUUAUAUAUGAAGGCAAUGCCUUAAAAGUUAAAGAUAAUUCUGUUAAAGAUUACGGUGAGGAAAUUUAUACGGUAACAACAAAUCAAAUAACAUUUGCACUCUCAGUAAGAGGCUUUAUUCCAUCGUGUGGACAUAAAUUAAUUAAGACUGAACACCCCAAACUUUUUAUUGUUGACAGCCCAGACAGUAAUUUCUUUAUUGAAAAGACAGCACUUACGCCUACAGACAUGGACAUUUUUGCCUAUGUAAACUCAAAGGUCGUAUACCUGGAAAAGCAUUUAAAAAAGGAAAUAGUAACUAUGUACAAUGACGUCAUUAGACAACAGUGCGAACUAGAAAAAUUAAUUUUACAUAAUUCUUUGGCGUUAGCAGCUUUAGCACCAGCAGAAUUUGCAUUUCACUUUAUGAAAGAACCUGGCUAUAUGGCAAAUAUAGCAGGUGAAGUUAUUAGAUUAAUAAAAUGUGUACCUGUCGAGGUACAAACACGUAAGACGGACGAAUGUUACCAGGAACUACCGGUAACUCGAGGAGACGAAAAAUUCUUUAUGCUCCCGCGGACUCAUUUACUCGUCGAAACCGGUAACCAAAUAGAUUGCAGUUCAUUCGCACCUGCAAUGUAUAAUAUAAAUAAUGCAUGGUAUCAAAUUUUACCCCAAUUAGCACCAGCCAUUUCUCCUCAAGAAAUAGCUCCCAGAACCCAAAUGUCUUGGAGUUACACCUCCCCUUCUCAUUUAGCGUCAAGCGGAAUUUAUUCCAAUAGCGAUUUAGAAAAAUUACGCGAGUAA